AUGAGUGGCAACCCUCCAACUGCUACGGCUGCGCCUUCGGCUACGCGUGAGCAGGGCUAUGCGCCUCCUCCAUCGGGCGCUCGUGGCAUCUCGAUCUUGUUACACCAUGACGAACGUACCGGUGGACCGCCUCCGCUACACCAGCAUGACCCGUACUAUGUGCCGGGCGAGUCUCGCGGGCGCAGGUCGUCAGUUGCAGGGUCUGCUCGAGACCGCGUGCACUCACCCACGACCUCGCCGUAUCAUUCUUACGGUCGUGGCGGUCCUCCGCGGUCGCCGCAUGGCUACUCACGCGAGCCUGCGCCUGUUUCACAACGCGAACGCGAACAAGACCGCGAGCGCGACACAGACUGGCAGCGUCGCGAUUGGGAGCACCGGCGCGAGAUGCGCGCCGGUGUAGUUUUCGUCUCCUUGCCUCUCGCCUCUAUCUGCCCUCGCGUGCCCUUUGCACCGGUUUCUGUCCCAUCAACACUACCGCACUACGGUCUCUGCUACGAGCAAAUCGUGGCUCGACAGUCGAGCCCGCCCACUCGACCCGGGCCGCGUCUGGUCGGCUCAGCCGACCCCCUCCCAGUGAGCUCGUAG